AUGGAACCACAGGCUCCUAAUACCCACCAAUAUCCAACGACAACUCAUUUCGAAGCUCCUCCCGCAUAUUCUAAUCCAUCAAAUAACGUUUCUCCGCCAACUUAA